AUGUCUGAUAUUACGAGCAACGUCAUUGGAACAAAUAAAGAAAAGGAGUUCGGCAGGUCCGGGAAGUCUCAAUUUUUAUUACCACAGCAAAGCGUUCCAAUUGAACGUUCUCAAUCCGCAGAUCAACCGACACAACGAAACUAUGAAAACAUCCAAGGAACCGUUUUCAGAACAACCUCUAAUACUAAUCUUUUACAUUAUAUGCGGCCCGUUAAGGAAACUAAAUGUAUUUCAUUAAGUUAUGAUCCAGUUUCAAAGACCCAGAUCUUAAACCAUUACGAGAUCGUAAAAGAACUCGGAAAUGGUCAGCAUGGGAAAGUCAAAUUGGCUAAGGACAUACGAGCUAAUCAAUUGGUUGCCAUAAAAAUGGUAAAUAGAUACGAAAAAAAAACCUACUUUGCUGGACCAAAGAGAAAUGAUCCGAAUAAGAUCAAGAAGGAGAUUGCGAUCAUGAAGAAAUGCAAUAACAAACAUGUUGUGAAAUUAAUUGAAAUCUUGGAUGACUUAUCUUCAAGAAAAAUCUAUCUCGUCUUAGAAUAUUGUGAAAAGGGUCCAAUAUUGUGGUGCCCGAGAGACCAACUAGAAAUCGAUUCAAGAGGACCACCUCAGCUGUCUUUCCAACGUGCAAGGGAGAUAUUUAGAGACGUUAUCCUAGGAUUAGAGUACUUACAUAGCCAGGGAAUAAUUCAUCGAGAUAUUAAACCUGCUAAUCUAUUGAUGGAUAAAAAUGGUGUUGUCAAAAUUUCUGAUUUUGGGGUAUCGCUUGCAGCCAAUGGUAAUAUCGAUACCAAUGAUGAUGAGUUAGAAUUAACAAAAACAGUAGGAACACCAGUUUUCUAUGCUCCAGAGAUAUGUCUGGGCGCUGCUGCAAUGGAGCGGUUUAAUCUAGAUAAAGAUGAAUUAUUUAAUGGAUCUUGCAUUUCUUUUAAAAUUGAUAUCUGGGCGUUAGGCAUCACAUUGUACUGUUUGCUAUUUGGAAUGCUACCCUUUGUGUCUGAGUUUGAAUUGAAAUUAUUUGAGAAAAUCGUGAAUGAAAAACUACGGUUCCCAACUUUUGAAACAUUACAAGACAAUCACAUUUCUGAAAUUUCACAUAUUAGAGAAUUCGUUCAUGCUAAAGAUCUCUUAAAUAAAUUGUUAGAAAAAAACCCUGCGAAGAGAAUUUCAAUACCUGAUAUUAAAGUUCAUCCGUUUGUUUGCUGGGACUUUAAACAUACGAAACUACUUUCUGAAGAUCAGCUUGAAUCAAAAUUGAAAGAGAAUUCGUUGUUCCAAAGUAGACAAGAUAAAGAUUUCAAACAGAUACUAAUAUCAAAUAAGGAUAUUAACAGUGCAAUCCUAGAUAUAAACGAAGGAAAUUUUUCUUUUGAGAAUGGAGCUGAUGAUUUAUCGACAAAACCAGUGAGCUUAGAACUUGAUGCUUAUCCAAGCCAAGAAGCGUCUAGAGUUGCUGAACCAGUGCAACAUCACAUAACUGGAAACAAAUUUAACAGUAGCGAAACAGAAACUUCUGAACUUCACACAACUUCUUUUGAAAAACAGCUUCAGGAUUUUGAUCUUAGAUUCAAAAAUAAGAAUAGUAAUAUGGUACCAUUACCAAUAGAUUCAUCAUUUGCUUCUCUUGAUAGCUUCUACGUGGAUAAUUAUGCAAUGACCCAAUUGGAUACUAAUUCUAAUAACAGUUCGAAAGUUGAGAGAUCAAAAAUUCCCUCAAACUCAUCACUUGGAUAUCAAGGACGAUCGAGUAGAACACAAAUGCAACCAUCGAUAACUCCUAGACAAAGAAACAGCUCUUCAUUUCCAAAGACAUCAUCUUCAAGCUCCAAUAAACUACGAGCACAGGAUCAUUCUAGACUGGGAAGAGCCAACCAAAUGGAAAAACAUAUUAUUAGUUGUGACUCGAAUACCGUGAAUUCAUCAUCCGUCAAUAAUGCUGGGAUUUAUUAUGACGACGCUAAGGCUAAGCUCCCUGAUCCUUAUAGGGAUGAUGAAAUAAGUCAUCUCAUGAAAGAUCGCUCCUCUAGAAGAGGUAGCAUAUUCCCUGAUCUUGACUUGCAACAUGAAUCUAGCAGCACUCACUCAUCUACUAGUGAAGCUUCAUCUGAUUCGGAUCAUUCGACUGGUUACGACAUGAUUCCAAAUUACAAAGAUCUUGGAAUGAGAUCCCCCGAUGCUAGCAUCCUAUCAAUACGAAAUCUAACUGAUUUUUCUAAUUCAAUCGGAGUCCUUCAUUCGCAUCUUACAAACGAAAUCAAUGCCACCAAUAAUGGAUAUGAAUACACCGAAGAAGAAAGUGAAGAGGAAUUUGUCUUGAAGACGAGAGCGACUGGUCGUGUUCGUCGCCAGCAUUCCGUUGCUACAAAUGCAACUAGUCAUAAUUCUAAUCAUACCAGAAGUGAAUCCAUAUCAACAUUGACGUCCAACAGAAACAUGACUCCGGAAAUGUCAACCCUUGACAUGUCAAGAACCACAUCUACUAACAUGAACCAUUUUUCUUUAUUUGGCGAUCAAGGAGGAUUAACGCUUUCCCAACCCAAUUCAAAAGCAACCACACAAAUGUCGAGUGCCAGUGAUCUGAAACGUUCCAAUCUUGACAAAUAUAUGGAGCAGAGAAAUGUAUCCGCAGAGGAUUCUCAAAGUAAUUUCAACUCGAGACAUUUGCUAAAAGAUGUACUAGAGCAAGUUGGUACUGAAACAGGGAAUUCAAUACCUCAUAUCGGAAAAACUGAUCAAUUUUCACAUCGGUGA